UGCAGAGACUAUGAGAAAAUAUCCACCUCUUCCUAUCUUGAAUCGCAUUUGCACCAAAGAAAUAAACUUACCAACAAUAAAUGUUUGCGUGCCAGAAGGGACAUUAAUAACUAUUCCGGUGCUUGGACUACAUCGAGAUCCGUCAAUAUAUCCAGAUCCAGAUAAAUUUGAUCCUGAACGAUUUAACGCAGACAAAGUAAAAGAAAGGCAUCCUUAUGCUUUCAUACCAUUCGGAGAAGGUCCGCGAAACUGUAUUGGUAUGCGGUUUGCCUACGUGCAAAUAAAAAUUGGACUCGUGAGUCUUCUGUCAAAAUACAAGUUUAAACUUCACUCCAAAACUCGGGUCCCAAUCACUUUUACUGAAAAAUCUAUGACCCUCUUAGCGAAAGACGGAAUAUAUCUUAUUAUCGAACCAAGAUAACGUAAUAACACUUUUACAUAAAGCAAAAAUGUUUUUAUUCUUUACUUUUGAAAAAUAUGUAUUAAUGAAUUAAUCAAUAUUGUUUAAUAUACGA